AUGGGCGACGCUGGUCCUUUGACGCCAGACCCGCUCCACCAUGACGGCAGUGCUGGAGACAAUGGUCGCGUUGAAGCAGAUGGUGCGCCUCCCUUGAGGGAGGUCAAGGUUCUUGUUACAGGUUUCGGCCCAUUUAAAUCUUUCCUGAUAAAUCCCUCGUGGUUAAUCGCCUCGGCCCUGCCCGAGGAGCUUUAUCCCUCACCAUCGACCGACACUCCGCAUAAAUCACCAGACUACAAGAUCAAAUUGAUCGUUCAUCCCUCCGCCGUCCGGGUCUCGUACUCGACCGUCUCCACCACCGUACCCACCCUCAUCGCGACCCAUAAUCCCGAUUUCAUCCUGCACAUUGGUAUGGCCGGCGGACGUGACUGCUACUCCCUCGAGAUCCGCGGACACAGGGACAACUACCGCAUAAAGGACGUGGACGACUGCGAUGGCUUCACCUGGGGGGAGAACCGGUGGAGGACCGAGGGGAUCCCAGAGGUGCUAUAUGUCGCAUGGGAUGAGGUCGACGUGCUUAGUCGGUGGGAGGACGGUGUAGAGAGGGGACUGAGAGAGCGAGGAUUCUUGGGCACGGGAGAGAUGGACAAGGCAUUGGCGGACUCUGGAAAGGGGGUGAACGAGGCUGAGACGCCCACCAGCGCCACACGAGCGGUUCCGAUCACGCCCAUCGGACUCGGACGAGCAAACGUGCCCAGGAAUCUGAUGUGGGGGACAAGUAACAUGCCCGUGUCGUCGACCAAGGCGGACGAGCAUCGGAGAAAAGCCGUGGUCAAGUUGUCUUGCGACGCCGGCCGGUUCCUCUGCGAGUACGCCCUGUUUGAGAGCUUGAGUCGGAGAUGGCUGGAGGGGCAGAGACGAGGAGAUUGGCAAGCCACGAGCCACAAGAAGGCAACCGACGCGGUGUCCUCGUCAGCUUCACCCGAGGUGGUGAGCAACAACAACGCCUCCUCGUCCUCUGUUUCAGAUCCGUCGCGGUCCGACUCAGAAGACGAGGCCACAGAGCGCGUUGGCAAAGUGGCUUUCCUGCACGUGCCGGGCUGGACCGGCGUCGAGGACAUCAAUCGCGGCGUGAUGGUCGCUGAAGAGGCGAUCCGCGCGUUGAUUGGCAGUUGGGAGGACGGGUACAGGCGGAACGGGACUGGUGGGAGGAGGGUGGUGGGCACUCAGGCCCUCUCGUAUACCAAGCAACAUUCCGAGGAAGCUGGUAGGGUCGCAUCAUCAACGUGGAGAGCCUGA